UGUUCACUCCUGUGGUACUCCCCCCACCUCCUUUUUGUUCUUGUAUACAAAGGUGGCAAUGAGAGCCGCUGGUCAAAGCUGACGACGAGAUGCACAUGCAUGCUCGACUCGACGUGCUACACAGCCCAUUUUUCCUUUCGCUUGCAUCGUUUUUCCGCCCUGUACGGCGUAUAGGACGCCCAUACGCCCCCGCAAGUACCACAGAUUCGACCAGUGCCCACUAUUCCGCCUCCUCAGCGCCCUAUCGCUCGGCCUAUCCCACACCAUCCGCAACAGAGUCCUCACAUCAACAGUAUGGUCGGCAGUCGUUGCAGCAUGACCACCCAUACCAGGAUCAGGCUCAUAUGCAACCCAGUCCUCAGGGCAGACCUCCGUCGCUCAAAAUCAACACUGCAGUGAGACAGAGCUAUCCCGCACAGCAACAGCAGCAUCCGUCCUCCUCCCAACGAGUUUCUCCACAGCAUACUGGGUCUUUGCUACCACUGCCUCAGCAAGGCCCACCCUCGAGCAAGGCCUCUGGGCGACAUUAUGCCUUGCCUGCUCUCUCAUCUUCGUCCGCUCAGUCCUCGCCCGUGACGAACCUGGAUUAUCAAUCCCAUAUACCACCUCCCCUGACACCCAAGGACAAUGAUAUUUCCCCGACGUCGGCCCUGUCCCCAGCAGCAGGCCAAAAUUUGAAGCGCAAGUCGAUCCACCACGAUGCAGUCAUGGACGCCGUCAGAGCGAAGGUCCUUCGAAAUGCAGGGCAAAGUCAACAGCAACGGGAGCAGCUUCACAAGAAGGCGAGCAUGGACUCUGCACACCGUCGCAGGGUGCAGCGUCAGAACAGUUCACCCGACAGAUCCAAAAGGGCAGUAGAGAGCAGCAAUGGCAACGGCGCAUCGACAAUGGCUGGUCCAAAGUCGAAGUACGGAUCUGCAACCAGUCCAUCAAGACAGUACAGCUUUGAGGGUAGAUCUGAGGGUGUCCCGAUGCCUCUAUCAGGAUCACCCGCUUCACCGUCGACCCCAACAUCUGCCAAUAUCGGCUCUAGCCGCUCACGCUCGUCAACCCCACCUUCAGCAGCAGCAGCAGCAGUAGUAGCAGCGUCAAGGGCACCACUUGGGUCAGUUGCAUCGACAGCCAACAGGUCUCCCCGACAGGAUGGGCACAAUGGAUACGUCAGGAAUUCUAUUCGCGAGAACCACUCAGACGACGCCCAUUCUUCUGGAGAAGACGAAAAGAUGGCUAUGAAAUACGAGAUGGAUCGCACACGACCUGAUCGAUCCUCGGAGAUUGGAGUGCUCGCGAACUGAUCCUACAAAUAUGAACAUGUGGCGACCGACAGGUUCUAAAAGUGCAAAGACGAUGCAGGACGGAACCAGCCUUGACGCCAUGACGAAUCUCACGAGCCCCCCCCCCUACCCCCUACCCCCUCCAUUUUGAUGGUUACAAUCUGUCUGCGGUCGUGCGAUCCGCAGGCAACACUCCU